AUGCCCACCGACCCUUUCCUCCCAGAAGGACGACAGUUUCCCCGAGCACGCUCGCCCGACGCCGGUGGUAACGACCGGAACGAUCGGAAGCGCCGGCGUAAGGUUCUGUCCUGCUAUGAUUGUCGGAGAAGGAAACUGCAAUGCGACCGAGCAUUGCCUGCGUGCGGUCGCUGUACGAAGACCGGCCAGGCAGCUAAUUGUCUCUAUCUAGAGGAUGCGUCGGACGCGCCGAUCCGAGAGCCUGACUUGCAGCACACUUCCACCGCUGGCUCAGGCAGACAUCCCGCCUUGCAUGGGCACCUCAUUCGACCGAUAGGCGUGACAGCACCAACGGGCGACCUCUUAUCGAGACUGGAAUUUCAAGAUGGUCGAAUCAAACAGCUCGAGGCUGCAUUGGCUGCUGCAGGACAGAGCGUCAAGCUGUCUCGGCUGCCCCCGACUCCUGAGCCGAUGCAUGGCGGCGUUGGAACUGCUCCAGUUCUAGACCGUGAGACUACGCUACUCCGAGGAAAGUCAUUCAAGACGCAGUUCCAUGGAGACACACAUCCAGGUGCCUUGAUCGCACGUAUACCGGAGCUUCAUGGGUUUACCAGAGAGAUCUUCAAAUCGUUCCCUGCUCUGUCAAGAAUCAAGGAGGAUAUGCAAUCGCUGGAGAAGCGAAGCCAGCAUGCGGGCGCGAAACACGAAGCUGUCAGUGACAACGACCUGAGGUCAUUGCUUCCAAGCAAGGCCGAUGCGGACCACCUGAUUCAGAUUUACUUGGACAAUUAUGAAUGUCUGUACCACAUCGUCCACCUCCCAUCGUUUUGGACAGAGUAUGAGACCAUCUGGACGGACCUGAUAGCUGCCAGUGCCCACUUCGUUGCUUUGAUUUUGGUGAUGAUGGCUGCUGCUCAGUGCCUCACAUCGAGACAGCCUUGGCUGUAUACGGCAAACAGCUCUACGGCAAGAGAAAGAGCCGUAGCAUUCGUACACGCGGUGGAAAAUUGGCUGUUGGUACAGAGUCAGAAACAUGUCGGUGCCAUCGACUUCCAGAUUCGCGUUCUCUUGCUUUUAGCGAAGCAGGUCACGGCCCGCAAAUUCAAGAGGGCAUGGACAGAGUCAGGCAGCGUGCUCCGGUUUUGCAUGUCGGCAGGUCUUCAUAGAACUCCUGACCUGAUCCGAAAGCCUACGUCAUUAGUCGACAAAGAGUUAAGGAAACGAGUCUGGGCUGCCGUGACCGAGCUGGAAUUGCAGGCUGCGUUUGACCGUGGCAUGAUCUAG